AUGUCGACCCUUCUCGACAAGACUUCGCUACCACUAUGGCUCUGGAUUGUCAUCAUCGCGGUCGGCUCACUAUGCCUGAUCGGCGGUGUCGGGGUAAUAGUGGUGUGCAUGCUAAGGCGGCGACGAAGCAUUGGUAGUAGCGUGGCAGAUUUGCCCACCAGGAGGGUCACUGUUCGGCGAGGGCGAGUGGUGCCAGCAUCCCACUAUUUGUCCUUGACCGGCUCCAAGUUUGGCUUGAAUGCUUUCGAAGAUGACGCACGGACCACCCGGAGCAAGAGUCCCUUUGAGUGGUGGAAUACAAUCAAGGAAAAGCGAGCGCACCCACACGACGACGAUAGCUACCUGGAGGCCAGUCCGGAGGGAAAGUCACACUCUGAUGGCAUCUACACCCGCAACGAAUAUGCUAGGUCACAAACCAGCCUGAAUCAGGAGAAGGAUGCCAUUGCAGACGUUCAAGAAGUUGAGCCUGCGGAACCAUCACCAACACUGAGCCGAUCCGCUCGACACACAUCGUUCUCCAGACCCUUCCAUCCUGAGCAGCAAGAAGACCCCUCGUCUCCAGCAUGGUCACACAAGCCCCACGGUCGUAAUCUCUCAAUGAUCAAGGAAGCUUCGCCACACAAUUCGAUGAUAUCGUCCAGGUCGCUAGAGCGGCGCUCUUCACGACUGUCCAUGUAUAAUCCGGGAGAACCCACUCGGCAGGAGCGGAGGUCGAACAAUCAGCACUCGGGGGGCAAGAUGCGGAAUAUCGCCUCGCAGCAUCAAAAUCCAAGCCCAACCAAUAACUUUGGACGUCAGAGUCCUCCUGGUACCUGGAGACCCAGCCCACCCCAAUCCCAGCGACCCAGUCCGCCGAAUUCCCGACGGCCCAGUGAUCAAUCGCAGUACCUUCAAUCCAGUAGCCAGAGCCGCCGUUCAAGCAAUCAUUCCCAGACGCAAGUCCCUGUUGAUCAGAGCCGCCAAUUAUCCAACCAGUCCCGCGAGUCUCUCCGUCGGCAGAACCGGCCCACGCCGAUUCCUAUCGACUCAGCCGGUUCUCUCCCACAAACCCAGCAUCAGCAACAAUAUCAGUCUCGCUCCGAUGAAGUUCCACGUCCAGUCGCUUAUCGCGGUUCUCGCCACAGCCUUGGCGAGCAGGAACCCGCUCGUAGCGAUAGCAAUGGUAGUGGCGCGCUUUCUAAGCGUAGCUCUCUCGUUUCUCGCCAUGACAGUAUGACCGACCACACGGAGCUCAGUCGUAAACCGUCGAGGCCCAAGUCUCUGGUGAAUAACCAACAUGACCAGGGACCGGAGUACUGGGCUGGCAGAGCCGAAAUGAUGCCGCAACACGAUAGCGGAAUGCCGCAAAAACCGACAACUCCCACCACGCCUACAGCACCGACAAGCUCUGUUGCACGGACUCCCAGCCGGAAGGGCAACGUGCUAAGAAAAAAGAGCCUUAAGAGGCAGCAAGUUGUGAGCUACGUGGGAACUUGA